AUGUCGAUUGCAGUCUUGCCAAAGGAUUCCGAACCCCCGUCCGGUCUCUGCGAGUUCCAGGGUCUCAUGAUCCAAUGGUUCUUGAUCACAGAUGCGCUCUUCUGUUUAUCGAUGGCUACGAAUGUAUUCCUGGUGUUUUUCUAUGGAUACGAUGCCCAGCAACUUCGCCAUUUGGAGAAGUGGUAUGUCGCGUGUAGUUAUGGGAUCCCAGCUUUACCAGUCCUCGUCUACUUCAUCUUGGGUAGAACGGGAAACGAGAUUAUUGGAUCAGCAACUCUUUGGUGCUGGGUAUCGUCUGACGUCGAGUGGAUGCGGAUCGCAUUUUUCUACGCUCCUACCUGGAUUGUUAUCACUACGACUAUCAGCAUUUACAUAAUCACUGGCUAUCGGAUCUGGAGGAAGAGGGCCGAGCUACGCUCCGUUUCACGAAGCUCGCAUCAUUAUCUAGCCGGAAACUCCUUCACUGCUGCUCCGGAGAUCACUGCCUCGCAUCCUUUUGUGGGUACAAACAACAUCGUGGUGACGACACAGAUCAAAUGCCACGUCCAGCCGGAGGACGCCAUCUCACGCUGUGUCUCUCCCGAACCGGAUCAAAGCUCCAUCAAUUCGUUUUCGAGCACGCGGUUGCUCUCCUCGCCCAGCAAACACAAUGAUACGGGGACGGAAACACUGCCAGUCGUGGAUGCUGCCCGCACUUCCAGAAUACAGAUCGAGGAUGUUGAAGCGCAGCGACAUCCACACAAUGGUACGAGAGGUCGAAAUGGGUACAGGGCGACCGUCAUUGCGACAAGCCCUGCAGAAACCUCGGCAACCCCGACCACAUUGUUGACAACGCGUCCUGUCGCCAAGCGGACCGCAGAAGGUCAUGCUGCAGCCAUGGCAUAUUUCCAAGUCGCCUUCCUCAUGUUCGUAGCCUUGCUUGUCGUCUGGCUACCCAGCAGCAUCAACCGCAUGUACCAGUUCACGCACAGAAACCGCUCGAGCUUCGCUCUCAACAUCAUAUCCGCAAUUGUACUUCCGCUUCAAGGAGCCUGGAACGCAACCAUCUACAUCUUCACCACCCGCGCCGAGUGCAGAAGAGCUUGGGGUACGGUCAAAUCCAAGCUGACUGGCAGCCCGUUGCAACAUCAUCUGCGACGAGAUGCCUACCGCAAGGAAACGAUGACGAGCUCCCGCGACACGCAGGACUCUGGUACUGAGAUCGCGCUAGAUGAUUUCCACAAGCACGACGUCCAUGUACGUCACGCUGAGGUGUCGAAUGGCCAAGCCACUGAAGAAGGCAAAGCUCAGCUUCAUCCAGAGCCGUGGUGA